CUUUCCUCCCAAGCUGAUUGAUCAUGGCUACCAAUGGCCGGUCCUGGCAGGCAAAGCCGCGUGACAGACGUGCAGGAGAGAUGAUUCACCACUCAGCGUCAGCGCCGUGUAUCAGUCGAAGUCGCUCAUCUUCCAAUCUCUCAUGGGCCACGCCUUCUGUUGCCAGCAAGCUUUCAAGCAGCAUUUCAGGUGCUUCGGCCAUUUCUCGAAGCCAGCCUGAGCCAUCAGGCCUGUUGCUGCGAUGCGACUCUGCUCCACAGGGUCCUCCAGGGGGUCUUCGAGGUAGAGAGGCUUGGGCUGAAGAUCUCAGUCCAACGCAUCACAUUGGCAUGGCUGAAAGGCCUGGACCUGGUUACGACUUUACCAGCACAGGUUUGUCAGCAUUGCGUCUACCUACACAAGCUGCUGAAUCACAUGUGGCUGACUUUGCCAGAAGCUGCGCGUUGAAAGGAAGGCAAAACACCUCACGCUUCCAGCGCAAGACAAUGCCGUCAAGAGCAGAGCGCACUCAACGUGAGAAUCAAUUGCUGGCUUUGUACAAGCAGAGCAACCCAGAUGCGGUGACGUCUGUGUCAGCGAAGCAGUGUAUGCAAUGGCAGGAGCUCUUUUCAGCACCACAAACUGCCAAAUACUAUGCGCUGCACCAAAGAGAGGUCGCGCGAUUCCUGAGAAGCGCUGAACAGAGAAGUCCGCUCAAAAAGAGACCCAAUUCGUGAUGUCAGCCUUUGUCCUCGCCAAGCUGUAGACUACACCGCAAUCCAGACAUAGACUUCGCCACUCACAUGCUGGGGUUACCAGAAUCUGAAAGACUUGGUUGUUGGUGUUUGAUC